CACGGCUGUCAGUGUGCUGAGCCUUGACUCUGACCACGAGUCAACUCCGAGCUAUUUUGGACACAAAUAGGCCCUCGGUAUCCAAGAUAUGCCAUAAAAAGGUGACGGUGAAGCGUCUAACGCUGGUCUUGUCCCUUUUGUCCAGUGCGCUUUGACCUGUAGAACAAGAAAACUGCAAGAGGGCAAAACAUCACAGCAGCAAUCACUAAAACUUGCCUUUUUCCAUCAUGCAAACGAGAAGUGCUACAAGAAAGGAUGCCCUGUUGCGCCCCAUCUCGCAGGCGGUGACACCUUCACCUAUCCCUGCUUCCGCCCAGCGACCGUCUCCCUCGAUCGACAGCCGCUAUUCCACUCCCGUAGCACAAACUGGCACAUUCUACAGUUCUUCCGUCCUCGCUACGCCACGACCCAAGGGACGGAAGAACACUUCUACUAGUACCGUCCAUAGCAGCGACGACCCAAGGGGGGCUGGGGUGCGUGGCGUUCGGGCCAGGAGACUCGACUUUUCAGCCCAUGCCGCAGAACAACACCAGGACUGUAAUGAGAACGUUCUGCCAUCGAUGCUGUCAUCGCCCUUCCAGCUCAGUUCAAAGAACGCGACUGCGCUUGCACAAGCAAAGGUCUAGGACCUCAUCGCCUAGCUGAACGAUCCAGACGAAUCAAUUUCGAAAUCCGGGUCGGGACUUUGUCUUGAAUUCUUCAAGGAGUUCAUUUAUUUUCUGAUAUCUAAUGAUAUCUCUUUUGGAUUCCUCCGUCCAACACCCUGUAGCCAUAAUCGAUCUUCAGUAUAUCGCUAUAUCACACUGUAUCUCUUCUCUAUCUAUUUCUUCGUUGUGUAUGCUAGUAGUUAGAUGCUAACAUGUAGAUAAUUUACUCAUCUUUGCUUCUUGGAAUGUACUCACAUUUGAGGUGGUUACCGUUGUCGUCUGUCU